AUGAACAGAACAUACGUUGGAAAGUACUUUCGACCAAAAGACUGUCUGGUCAAGAACAACAACACUGGGAAAAAUAAACGAGCUCGCACUGCCACCAGGCAGUUAGGGCAACUGACGAUUACUGAAGACACCGAUCCUACGAGCCAACUAAUUUCAACAGACACACCCCUUGAAUUGGCUAUCAUGUUCGAAACGAAGUCCAUCAAGACAGUUCUGGCAACACCGAAACGGACUCGAAAUGCGACGCCUCUUUUUGAAGCACUACACAACAACACAGUUCAGCUGACAAAUCUGGAAUAUGCACACUUGAUGAGUUCGCCCAACCAUCCAUGGAUCCCAGAAUAUGGAUCAUAUUCCGCCAGGUAG